AUGGAAGAACAGGUGUUCAAAGGGGACCCGGACACCCCUCACUCCAUCUCCUUCUCCGGCAGUGGAUUCCUCUCCUUCUACCAGGCAGGGGCCGUGGACGCCCUGCGGGACCUGGCCCCCCGGAUGCUGGAAACAGCCCACCGCUUUGCAGGGACAUCGGCUGGUGCUGUGAUCGCCGCCCUGGCCAUCUGCGGGAUUGAAAUGGAUGAGUACCUCAGAGUCCUCAACGUGGGUGUGGCCGAGGUGAAGAAAUCCUUCCUGGGGCCCUUGUCCCCGUCCUGUAAGAUGGUGCAGAUGAUGAGGCAGUUUCUGUACCGGGUCCUGCCCGAGGACUCCUACAAGGUCACCACGGGGAAGCUCCAUGUGAGCCUCACCCGCUUAACGGACGGAGAGAAUGUGGUGGUUUCAGAGUUCACGUCCAAGGAGGAGCUCAUUGAGGCCCUAUACUGCAGCUGCUUCGUCCCUGUGUACUGUGGCCUCAUCCCCCCGACUUACCGCGGUGUGAGGUACAUCGACGGGGGCUUCACGGGCAUGCAGCCCUGUGCCUUCUGGACCGAUGCCAUCACCAUCUCCACCUUCAGUGGGCAGCAGGACAUCUGUCCCCGGGACUGCCCGGCCAUCUUCCACGACUUUCGCAUGUUCAACUGCUCCUUCCAGUUCUCCCUGGAGAACAUCGCCAGGAUGACCCACGCAUUGUUUCCCCCGGACCUGGUGAUCCUGCACGAUUACUACUACCGAGGGUACGAUGAUGCAGUUUUGUACUUGAGGCGGCUGAAUGCUGUUUAUCUUAAUUCUCCCUCCAAGAGAGUGAUAUUCCCCCGGGUAGAAGUGUACUGCCAGAUAGAACUCGCCCUUGGCAAUGAGUGCCCUGAACGCAGUCAACCAAGCCUUCGAGCAUGGCAGGCCAGUCCGGAAGGAGCCACGCAACCUCACACGGAGUGGGUUCCCAAAGGGGAUGGAAGGGGCGGCCAUGGUCCGCCUGUGCCCCAACCUGUGCAGACACUUGAAUUCACAUGCGAGUCACCUGUUUCAGCACCAGUCUCUCCACUUGAACUGCCACCUGCACAGCCACUGGCCUCUUCAACGCCACUUCCUCCAACUGGCAUGCCACCUGUAUCAUUCCCAGCUGUGCAGAAGCCACCCAGCUCCACACCUGGCUCAUCACUGCCCACCCCACCACCUGGACUGUCACCUCUGUCACCUCAGCAGCAGGUACAACCGUCUGGAUCACCAGCCAGAUCCCCACACUCUCAGGCACCCACUUCACCCAGGCCACCCCUGGGGCCUUCAACUGUGGGGGCACCUCAAACACCACCCCGAAGUUCUCUUUCAGCCUUCCCUGCUCAGCCACCUGUGGAGGAACUAGGCCAAGAACAGCCCCAAGCUGUAGCUCCUCUUGUCUCUUCAAAUCCAAAAAGCGCUGUGCCUCUGGUUCAUGUGAAGGAAACCAUCAGCAAGCCUUACGUAAUGGAGAGCCCUGCUGAAGACUCAAACUGGGUGAAUAAGGUCUUCAAGAAGAACAAGCAAAAGACAAGUGGCACCAGAAAAGGCUUCCCAAGACAUCUGGGAUCCAAAAAACCAAGUGGCAAAGUGCAGUGA